AUGAUAGUUAAUUGUCAUCCCAGCAAUUUGUUCAAAACAGGUUAGAAUCCAUUUCAGAUUCAGAGCAAUUCCAGCAUCAUUUUCGAACAAUAAGAGGGUAUCAUUAGCAUAUUGUACUCUUAUAAUAGCACUCUUAUAAUGGAACUAUUCUAUGACCAGUUAAAGAGUAAUUUGCAUGUUCUUCUGGUGCACUGUACUGCAGCCUGACACAAUCGCGAGCCCAUGCACUUUGGUCCCUAGUGUCAAGAUAUUGGCCGUGAAGGUGAACUUUGUUGUAUUCGGGGAGGUGAAGAUGUUGGCCAGCUUUCUAAGAUGCUUCCCCAGUGUUGGCACACUGCACAUCGAGUCUGUACCGCAGGAUCCAUCAGUAGCCGCUCAUGAACCCACUAGAGAGCACCAUGCUAGGUUCUGGCAGGAGGCCAGUCCAGUCGAAAGCUUGAGGUCACACAUCAGGAGCUUGUUCAUCCACAAAUUCCGAGGGGAUCAAAACGAGUUUGAAUUCCUCAAGUAUGUGGCCAUGAACGCGCGGGAGUUGCGAGCUUUGCUGGUCGUGUCGCCUGACGAAAAAAUUGCAUUGGCACUGGCAGACGAGGUGAAUGAGAUGGCAAACAAAUUGGAUCAUCCACGGUUUCAGCCAUGGAUUGCUCGAGGAUUCUUAGAGGCACCUCGAGUACGAAAUGCUUUGAUCUAUGCUAAAGUACCCUUUCUCAGUGUCGAUGACCCUUUUCGCUGGUGAAACCAUGGCUGGGUAUGUGUCUUCAUGAUCCCAGUUUUUUUGGGAAUCAUUGACUGCAAUCUACUUCAAGAUCAGGCUGUUUAGUUUAUAAGGUGUGUGUUCUCCUAAGAUAUGGCAAGUUUAAACAUACCAUGAGUAUAUUGUGAAUAAAGCCUUGGACUUAUCAGGGGCUGAGAUUUUCAACUAUACAAGAUAUUCUAGCAAAA